AUGGAAGCGCGGGCAGGCACGCCAUACGACGGCUUCCCGGUCUUUCCUCCCUGCCUCACUCCCUUCCUUCCUCGAAUCUCUUCACCUUUCCACGCCAUGGAAGGAAAAGGCCAUGUGUCUAAACAGCCAAGGUACCUUAGAUACUUCUCUCAAGGGCAGGAGGAUCCCAAGUCAGGGUACCUGCCCAUUGUCCGAAAACUAUCUUCCUCCCUCACGGCCACCCUCAACCCAAUAUCGUCCUCCACCAUAACCACCACGAGCAGCAACGCAUCAUCACCGCCACAAGUCCAACAUCUGAUGAUUUCUUCCCCCGCUUCUGCCGCUAACACUUUCUUAUUCCUUCAUCGAGUCCCGUCCUGCAGGUCCCGGAGAGUAGGGUCCCCCCUGACAUUUCCUCCUCACUUCUCGCCAUCCUUUUGCGGCUUGCCCUCCAGUCGCCUCAUCAAGCAAGCAACCAACAAGCUUCAACCAUCAAGCUUUACCUUGGGCACUCUCCUCUCUGUUCAUCUCCCUCUGCUGCUGCUGCGCCGCAACCUGCAUUCUCCCUCGCCUGCUAGGGAGCGUGCCUCGCUAGUGUGGGAGCCAACGAGCCAACGAGCCAGCGAGCCAUUCUCUGCAGCCCGCCGUUUCGAUCCUCUUCCACAUCCGACUUGCUGCUCAUCCGCCUCCGCUUCGGCUACACUUGCACUUUGCUUGCUGGAAAAAGCAUUCAUCCCGAAUUCGCCAAAACACCACGAGCCUCGACUCCCUCUAGAGUCUAGAGCGUCCUCCACGGGUACUCCACGAGGGCCAUCCAUGGACGGAUCCUCCCGGACCCGUUGUUAUCGUCAUCAUCUCGACUCCAUCACGCUGUUCUCGUCGCUCUCUUCACCUCCCAAUCCUCCCUGGCUCGCCAUCUCUCACUCCAUCCUACAACGCGAAGCCGCAUGCGGCAAAUACAAUGCCGGCACCAUUCGCCUACGGCCCAGGCUCAACACCAUCAUUAGCAACAUUGGAUGGAAGCGGACGAGACGCAGGCCACAGGCUCUGCCGUUCAUGCUCCGGUCGGCCAACUGUCCGUUCAUCAUGGCACAUCCGCCUGAUGCCAAUACGCUUGCGGGUGCGGUUGCGGUUGCGGUUACGGGUGCGGUUACGGGUGUGGCAGGUGUCCAAUCAUGGCAUCACACCUUGGCUCCGACUUUGGCUCGCUUGGCUUGUCUCUCGCCACGACAUUUACCAUGGCCCUGGAAAGCGUGGUCUUCUUCUACCUUAGUCCAGCCAAUCUCGCGCGACACACACAAGCCCACCUUGCCUGCCCUCUCACCGACGGUCUCUCGCUUGUUACCGUUUUACCACUUCAUCUUUGGUGCAACUUUGCCCACUUGUGCCCUGGUACAAUCUUCCCUAACGCAAUCCACCUGCUUCGUCCUUGUCACCAUGUCCUAUCCGCCCGGCCAUGUCUUUGAUAUGCAAGUCAUCCCGCCAGGGUGGGAAGGGGCAGACAAUCGGUACCUUGCCUUCAUUGCUGCCUCGAGGCCCGCAUACAUUUCUACUCGGGCCCACCUCGUGGCCGUAACGGAAGGCCCAGGACCGUGGAUCCAGGACAUCAUGAUGAAUAUUUCCUUCUAUUCUCGACCAUAUCAGUUGAAGGCCAUGGUACGCAUGAUGUUGUCCGUAGUCCACGGUCACGGCAACGGGGGCGACGCUACCGCUCCCCCGAACCUGGCAGCUGAGCCCCUCAAACAUGCUACCCAUGGGCCAUUCCUUACCAUGUCUUGGGUUGCGUCAUCUGAGAUAGCGUUCACCAACAACGAUGCCGAACAGGUUCAAGAGAAUGGAUUGCGACCCUGUUGCUGUCGACCGCCUGUCCGACCACAGGCCAAUGUGCGGGAGCGCGUUGCGGCACUGAACGCCCUCAAAGUGCCUUGCUGCUGCAUGCAUAACCAUGGAUACGCUACAUUCCGGUAUGGUGAACUUACCAAGUUACCAACUGAGCUCUGGAACGACGUGUUUAGCCGCAAAAGCGUCUCGGCGGGGUGA